AUGCCGAAACGAAAGCGCUCCUCGCCUCCCCCGACUCAAAAGAUUGCCGCGCCCCCGCCAGCGAAACGCGCAAAGUAUUGCGAAAAAUGUAUCGUCGAUGCGCAAAAACCUCUCUUCCAAGCGCUUCGCCAUGGCUCUGUGCUUGAGCGUCAAAAACACAGUCGCAGGAAGAAGUACGCGACUAAGAAGAACGACCGAAAAGCCAUUGAGCGCUUAGAAGCCGAGUAUACCGUUUUGAAGGCGCUCAAUCUGGAACAGCUGGCGGAUCAACAUUUGCGCAAGACGCUGGCGAGGGUGAAAAGCUUGAAGGAUGCCGAACCGCUACGGGAAUACAUUGCUGGUAUACGGGAAGGGUCCAAGGAUACAAAUACGCUCAAUGUCACGGCAAGGCUGUUCAAGGUGGUCCAGGUCAAGAAAGUGGUGGAUGGCGUAAUCGAGGAGUUGAAAGGCAUACUGGAGGUAGGCAAGAGCGAUGCGCCGGUCGCGGAGAGCAAGACGGAGUUUGAGAAGAAACCUAAGAAUAUAAAGGCUGCGAAGGCGGUGGAGAAGCAGGAUGUCGAGAUGAAGGAAGCGAGCGACGGAGAGGAUGAUCCAUACAUGGCUUUCAGCGCGCGGAUAGCGGAGCCUUCGUCUGGCGAGGAAGACAGCGCAGCUUCCGUUACAGAUGACGAACGACCGCCGAGCAUCGCAGAUAGCGAGAACGAUCACGACCCGGAAGACGACCUCGAGGCGGACAGUGAGAGUGAGGGCGACGACGAGGAAGGCACAUCUUUCGAGGGCUUCAGCAGCGAUGACAAGACAGACAGUAAAACGGAAACAUCUCGGUUAAUAGCGCCACCAUCGGACGAGUCCGAAUCUGACUCCGGCUCUGACUCUGAUGAAGCCUCUAUACCCACGAAAAAGUCAAAGACCAAACUCGACGAAGCUAAAUCCACUUCUUCUGCCUUCCUCCCCGCCCUCAGCCACGCCGCUUACUUUUCUGGCUCUGAGUCAGAAGCCUCUGAUCUUGACGAGGACGUUGCGCCACGAAAGAACCGUCGCGGCCAACGCGCCCGUCAAAAGAUUGCAGAACUGAAAUUUGGUCAGAAAGCCAAACAUCUCGAGAAGGCACAACGCAACGCUGGCUGGGACCCCAAACGAGGCGCAGUCUCCGAUGACAAACACCAAAGGAAAGGAAAGCCCACAACAGGCAGAGGCCCGCAGCAGAGUGGAACAAACGCAGAGCCACUGGGUGAUCGGCGCGAUAAGAAGGACAGGAAAAUGGGACUGGGAGUCAAGCGGGAUGAUAAGGGCGAAUUGCAUCCUAGUUGGCAGGCAGCGAAGAUGGCAAAGGAGAGUAAGAAGUUGAAGAUUGAUCUUUCUGGAAGCAAGAUGGCGGGGAAGAAGGUUGUUUUUGAUUGA